GCGGCGUGUGCACGCGCGUCAGUGCCGGCGCAGGCGUGGUGCUACGUCGUUGCGCGGUUCGCGCGGCCGUGGGAACCCGACCCUGAAAGGACGCGGGUGCUCUCGGGACCCGGGGAGGCCGGAGGCGGGCCUGGAGGCCCUGAAGGACGGGAGGGGCGGACGGAGACUCGGGAAGAGGAGAAGGGGAGGUACAGAAAGAAAGGAAGAGAUGUCAGUCUCCCAUCCUUACUCCUGCAGUGAAUGCCUACAGUAGUCAGGGCUGGCACAGGCCAAAGCCAGGAGCCUGAAACUCAGUCUGAAUCUCCAGCGCAGGUGACUCCUUUCUAACCAACUCAGCUUUGCGGUGAUUCAGGCUUUCUUCUGAGGAGACAGCUUCUCACCUUAAUGAGUGACGAAGAAGAGCCACCAGAUAGUGUCUCUGAGGAACAGGACUUUGGUGAGCCAAGGCCAUAUGACCCGGGUUUCAAGGGACCUAUUGCAGAAAGGAAUUGUACAGAUGUUCUGUGCUGCAUGGUCUUCAUACUGUUUGUUUUGGGCUAUAUUCUUUUAGGACUUGCAGCCUGGGUACAUGGCGACCCUAGGAGAGUGGCCUAUCCUACAGACAGUGAGGGUCACUUUUGUGGCCAGAAGGGCACCCCCUAUGAGAACAAGAGCAUUUUGUUUUACUUUAACCUGUUCAGCUGUGCCAGCCCCUCUGUGCUGAUAAAUCUACAGUGCCCUACCACACAGAUCUGUGUCUCUAAGUGCCCAGAAAAAUUUUUAACCUAUUUGGAAAUACAAACAUUGUACAAAAGGGACGAAAGCUACUGGGAAUACUACCGUCAGUUCUGCAAGCCCUCUGCUAAGCUUAUGAAGACUAUCUCAGAAACCUUACUGGAUAAUGAUUGUCCAAAAGCAAUUUUUCCAGGCAAACCUUUUCUCCAGAGAUGCUUCCCUGACUUCUCUACUAAAAAUGGCACUUUAACAGUAGGCAGUAGAACACUAUUCGAAGAUGGAAGUGGAAAGACAAGAAAUGCGAUAGAACUCCGACAGGCUGCAAAUGGUGUCAAUAAAAUCCUUGAAGCAAGAUCAGUUGGACUGAAAGUAUUUGAAGACUAUGUAACAACUUGGCAUUGGAUUCUUAUGGGCCUGAUUAUUGCCAUGAUCCUUAGCUGGAUGUUUCUGAUUCUCAUGAGGUUUAUAGCUGGAUUCCUCUUCUGGUUCUUCAUGUUUGGUGUGCUUGGAAUUAUAGCAUAUGGAAUAUGGUACUGUUAUCAAGAAUACACCAGUCUUCAGGAACAACCAAGUUCUUCAUUAACUGUAUAUGACAUCGGGAUUCAGACUAAUAUGAAUAUGUAUUUUCAUUUGAAACAAGCAUGGUUUGUUUUAACGAUACUUCUGUCGAUCACUGAGGGGAGUGUCGUGCUCCUGCUGAUCUUCCUCAGGAAACAAAUCCGCGUCGCCAUUUUCUUGAUGAAGGAAGGGAGCAGAGCCAUUGGAUGCAUCCCUGGUACAUUACUUUAUCCAAUUCUAACCUUCAUUUUACUCUCAAUCUGUAUUUCCUACUGGGCUGUGACAGCGAUUUUCUUGGCUACAUCAGGAAUACCUAUAUACAAAGUCGUGAUCCCACAGGGGCAAUGUAUACAUGAAAAUAAAACCUGUGACCCAGAGAUUUUCAACACAACCGAUAUUCCAAAGGUUUGCCCUGGGGCUCUCUGUAUCUUUGCUUCCUAUGGUGGAAAAAGUCUGUACCAUCAAUACAUCUCUACAUUCCAUGUAUAUAAUCUAUUUGUCUUCCUCUGGCUUGUUAAUUUUGUCAUUGCAUUGGGUCAAUGUGCCCUUUCUGGUGCAUUCGCUACUUAUUACUGGACCGGGAAUAAAUGUGAUGACAUCCCACCACAUCCACUUUUUACUUCAUUUGGACGAGCUCUACGAUAUCACACAGGAUCUCUGGCAUUUGGAUCUUUACUUAUUGCAUUAAUUCAAUUCUAUAGGAUUGUCCUGCAAUACAUGGACAGGCAUCUUAAAAAUGCUCAGAACAACAUUGCAAAAUUCUUUCAAUGCUGCCUAAAAUGCUGUUUCUGGUGUUUGGAAAAUGUGGUAAAAUUUUUAAAUAAAAAUGCGUAUAUUAUGAUUGCAGUACAUGGUGAAAACUUCUGCACAUCAGCAAGAGAUGCUUUCAACCUGUUGAUGAGAAACAUUGUGAAAGUUGCAGUGACAGAUGAAGUUACAUUUUUAAUAUUACUUCUGGGGAAAAUUCUGGUUACUGGGAUUAUAGGUGUCCUGGCCUUCCUGCUUUUCACAGAAAGGAUGCCAAUUAUUGUAGAAGGGCCAACAUCUUUAAAUUACUACUGGGUACCUCUGCUGACUGUCAUUUUUGGAUCUUACCUAAUUGCACAUGGCUUCUUCAGCGUCUAUGCAAUGUGUGUUGAGACAAUUUUCAUCUGCUUCUUGGAAGAUUUAGACAGAAACAGUGGUACCGUUACAAGACCUUAUUUUAUGACCGAAUCUUUGCUGAAGAUUUUAAUGAAGGACGAUAUAGGAACUAAGCGCCAGUAGAAGAGCAAAACUGAUCAUCCUGGAGCGGUCUGUUACCUUUCUCUACCUGCUGUGUCUGCACCACUAGUUUCUGUGUUUAGCAACACUGUAUUCACAACCUUGUUGGCUUGUAUUUGCAUGUUUUAUACCAAAGCUUAUAUGUAACAUGUGAAGCCAUCAGAAGUCGCAAGGGAAUUGUUAAUAACAUGGAACAUUUUUAUAUUGAGAACUUUUGUUUUGUAAUUCAUUUUUAAAUAGAGUGGCUUGGAUGUUUUGAAAAUACCUACUGAAUAUGUUAAUAUUCUUUUAAAUAUUAAAGUGAAAAUGAUGCAUUAUUUAAAAGGAUAGCUCCUAGUAUAUUUUUAAAAUUACAACUGAAAUACUUCUGCAGGGAAGAUUGGAAAACAAAGUAAAAGAAAAAUUUUUAAAACCUUCCCCACUCCUGUUUGACAGUAAACCAGUAAAAAGGAUUGCCUGCUCCAGACUUUGCUAAGUAUAGAAAUGUUUCCUAUUAAGCAAAUUGCCCAUCAUUCAGCCUUUAGUACUUCAUCCUCUGACAAAGUGCCUUACUGGCUGUUUAAUGUUACCUACCCAGCUUUUGUGGGCAAGUUUACAAACAUUGUUUUAAAAAAUUUAAAACCUGCAAUGCUUAAUGAUUAAAAACAAGUCUUCUUACAUUUGUUUUCCUCCUUAGCUCACUGAUUGGGAACCAUCUGUCAUUUUAGCAUGUUCGAUAGCCUCACUAUUAGAAUAUACUGUGCAGCAUAAGCAAUUUCCCUUGCACCUAGUGGCCAUUCACUAAUGUGUACUAUACGCAAGAGAAAAAAAAAAACUGAAAAGAUGCUUGUUAGGUUUGUUUUUAAAUAGAAGUUUUAAAUGUAAUCUUUUCUAUGGUAGACCUAUGAAAAUACAGUAAAAUCACAUUUCUUGGUGUUUUACAGAUUGAAAGGGAAACUUCUAGGAGUUACAAAGGGAAACUACCCCUCAAGAGGGUACUCACAGAUGUCAUGUCCUGAACAGCUUCACAAUAAACUGUUUAUUUUCACUAAAGCUUGUUCUAUAUAUGUCAUUUCAUUUUUGAAAUUUUGAUAUAAAAUAAUCAGCUUACUAAUGUUAAUGUUACUGGCUAAUGUGAACAAGAAUCUGGCUUCUUACUCAGUUUUUAAUUUUACUAGUA